GGAUAAUUCGUUGAUGAAAAAAAAUUUUGGAACGGCUCGGCGCAGACUGCAGUGCUCUCUGUAAAUGGAGAAGAGGGGGGCGGCGUCGCAUGGCGACUACGACGAGCAAGAUCGCCGGGUGAAAGGCGCCGAGGUGUUCGUCGGCGGGUUGCCGCGGUCGGUGACGGAGCGGGCGCUCCGAGAGGUAUUUUCUCCUUGUGGAGAGAUUGUUGAUUUGCGGAUAAUGAAAGAUCAGAAUGGCAUUUCAAAGGGAUAUGGCUUUGUGCGAUUUGCGGAGAGGGAGUGUGCUUAUAUUGCUAAAAGGCAAAUAAAUGGUUUUGAGCUUCAAGGAAAGAGACUUGCUGUUGAUCUUUCGUUGGAUCAAGAUACACUCUUCUUUGGGAAUCUUUGCAAAGACUGGGGCAUCGAAGAAUUUGAAGAAUUGAUUCGCAAGGCAUUAGAAGAUGUUGUUUCGGUUGACCUUGCAAUGGCUCGAAACCAUGACUCUUCAGUUGGGAAAAGACGUCUAAAUCGAGGCUUUGCAUUUGUGCGAUUUUCUUCUCAUGCAGCUGCAGCACGCGUACUUCGUAUUGGUUCCAGAACAGAUUUUCUGCUUGGUGGAUUGCAUCCUUCAAUAAAUUGGGCUGAGAAGGAGUCUCAUGUAGAUGAGGACGAAAUGGCCAAGGUUAAGACAGCUUUCGUUGGAAAUUUACCAGCAAAUGUUACAGAGGAGUAUUUAAGAAAGCUUUUUGAACAUUGUGGAGAGGUAGUACGGGUUGCAGUCUCAAGGAAAGGACAAUAUCCAGUUGGAUUUGUCCACUUUGCCAGUCGUACAGAGCUCGACAAUGCAAUAAAAGAAAUGGAUGGUGAAACAGUGAGAGGACCUGACCGAGGGGCAACUUUCAGGAUCCAGGUCUCAGUUGCUCGGCCUGUGGUAGAGAACGAUAAAAAGAGAAUUCGUGAAGAAGUGAAAACUAGAAGAUCAAACGUAUCAACAGACAAGCCGGACCAUUCUUAUGGAAGACGUGGACAUGAUUCAUAUGAUCGUCAAGCAAAAGCUCCAAGGCUAUAUAAUGAGGUGUCUGAUACGGACCCCUAUGAAGCAGCUGUUGUUUCACUACCUUCAGCCGUCAAGGAACUCCUACUUCGUAUUCUACGUCUUAGAAUUGGCACUCGAUAUGAUAUAGACAUUCAUUGCAUAAGGAGUCUUAAUGAACUUCCUGAAAAGGCUGCAGUUGCUGUCCUUAAUCAGUUUUUGAUAUCAGGUGCAGAUAAACACAAUAAAGGAGACUAUUUCGCUUCAUUAAUUGCUAAGUACCAGGCUGAGACAUUUAGCUCAGCACUAAGAUUGCAGGGUUCUACUUAUUUGCCAAGAAAUCCUGAAAUACAGAACAAGAGAUUCCCACAUCAAGAUUACGAGUACACAGCAUCCGGGAGUAGUAGAUACAGUUCCUUAGGUGAUUAUCCUUCCUCAUCUUAUGUGGAUGAUCCCGCAUCAUCUCAGUCAAGGAAUAGAAGGUAUGAUGAAUACAGACCUGAUCUUGUAAGAUAUCCAGAUUCAAGAUCACGGCAAGAGGAAAUAGUCCGCAUUGAAAGAUAUCCAGAACCAAGAUUUGCACAUGAACCAAGACAGGAUACUGGAAGGCAUCUCGAUCUAGGGUACGUACAAGAACGGAAUUCGAAUAUUGAGAGAUCAGCUCAAGUAGCUUUUUCAUCUAGGGAAGGAGGAUACUUAUCUGCUUCAAGGUACAACACAAACAUAGUCCCAGAAUUCAGCUCCAGGUCAUCUGCUGAAUACUCUACUGCUCGCCAACAAGUAAGGUUUGAUCCAUUCACAGGGGAACCAUACAAGUUUGAUCCCUACACCGGUGAACCCAUCAGGCCAGAAUCGAACCCACGUCGCUCAGGAAGCUUAUACUGACUUUGAUUGAUUGAAGCAACAGUUUGGAUAUGGUAGAUUAGAUUUACAUCCCUGAACCAAAAGGACCAUAUACUGCUCUUGCAUGUUGUAAACCUAGUGUAUUUGAUGUGCCUCAGCAUUGUAAUGUUAGAAAUCCAUUUUCAUCCAUGUCACUGGAAAACUAUGGUUGAAACAACAGUAAUAAGUUCUAUCAUUUAUGAUGGCAUCUGAUGAUAUGAAUUAGGGAAAACUAAGCAUUUGUUGGUCU